AUGACGCUCUUCCUCUGGCGUAAUCCCCUAGCGCCCUCUUGCUCCUCAGUUACUCCGGUGUUAAAGCAUCUCGGUCGCCUCCUUUCUUUUUUCUCCGCUUCGUUCUCAAGUAGCGACCAGAGUCACGACCUCGCCUCGCCCCUCCCGUUUCGGCUGCCAAGUCAGGGCAGCGUAGGGCCGCUGGACGGGAGAAGAAGAGCAGCAAGAGAGGCCGGAGAGGCGACGUCGUGAACGCGGCGCGGGCUUCGAGAUGUCAUCAGACAGAGCCGGAAGCGGCGCGUGCAUGGAGCGCUUGAUUUACCAAGCUUUCUCUCAAGAAGAGGCCAAAGAACUUGAUGUUCAGCAUCAGGGACCCCACAAGGCGGAGGCCUUUUUGAAAGCCUUUCUCAAGCGGAGCAUGCCCCGUGUGACAGAAACCCAACUCCAUGACCACCUGGAUCGCAAAGCCGUUGUUCUGGAGCACCAUCCCCUGAAAAAGCCCAAGGAAAGGAAAAGAAAAUCCAAAGGCUUCUCUGCAAAGCAGAGACGAGAGCUGCGCCUCUUUGAAAUUAGACCAGAGCAGCAAAGAUACAGCCUAUUUCUCCCUCUGCAUAAUCUCUGGAAACAGUAUAUCCGGGACUUGUGCAAUGGUCUCAAGCCAGACACGCAACCACAGAUGAUUCAAGCCAAGUUGUUAAAAGCAGAUCUUCAUGGUGCUAUUAUUACAGUCACAAAAUCUAAAUGCCCCUCCUAUGUUGGCAUUACGGGGAUUCUUCUUCAGGAAAUGAAGCAUAUCUUCAAAAUCAUCACCAAAGAUGACAAAUUAAAAGUUAUUCCCAAGUUAAACUGUGUAUUUACUGUAGAGAUCGAUGGCUUCAUUUCCUAUAUUUAUGGGAGCAAGUUUCAACUUCGAUCAAGUGAACGUUCUGCAAAGAAGUUCAAAGCAAAAGGAACAAUUGACCUAUGAACUCGUGGCUAUUUAAGAAAAUAUCAGAAUAGUGUGAAGGAGGCAGGAAACCCAAACUGGCAGCUGACUCAUGUUUGGUGCCUUGCUCUUAAAAAAAAAUAUUGCCGGGCUAGUGAGUAGUUCAUUUUCAGCUCAUUUCACCAGUUCAAUUGUUAAUUGUCUUUUCUUUCUGUUUUGUUUGAAAUUUUGCAUGUGGUCUGCCUGCUUCUUUGGUUAAACCAGGGCUUCUUAAACUUUUUGCACUCACAACCUCUUUUCACCUGAGAAAUUUUUACAUAACUUGGAUAUAUAGGUCUAUAAAAUAGGUAUACAAAUCACACAUUUACUAAUAAUAAACUAUAAUUUCACAACCUCCACAUUCAGUUAUAAACCUCAAAUGGAGUUGUGAACCACAGUUCAAGAAUCUGAGGGUUAAGCAGAUGAUUUUUUUGUUGCAUUAUUUUCUAGUGAGAUUGCUGAGUCCAUUCAAGUCUAUUGCAUACCCCUCGCCCCCCUAGUAGCAAUCUCAGGAAAAAGAUGCUACAAAUUCACUGGCUCUUAAUCUUGCAAAUCAUAGUUAUAUUGGAUUAAGUAUUUGGGACCUACAUAUCGAGAUCUGUAUCAUCUAGUCUUUAUAUCUCGAUAACAGACCAGAAUGUACUAUUUUCCAGUGCCAAGCCUGCAGAGAAUUAUUAUCAGAGAAAAGCCAAGGCCCCUGGGAAGAAAGAGAAGAUUGUGGGGCUCAUUCUCAGAUCCACAAAUUUUAUAACUCUCUACUUCCCAGAAACCCACCUGAGGUGUCCUUUGAAACUGUAUCUGUAAUAACUUUGAAAUCUGAAUAAGAAAAUGAAUUUGUAUUAUUUAUGCAAUAUACAGAUUAUUUUUUAAAAUAAGCUGCUUUGUACCUUGAUGUUUAAAUGUGGAAGUUUUACUUUUUUUGUUGAUUCUAAUGCACUAGGCCAGUGUUGUCUGUGCUAAAAGCAAGUGAAGUUCUCUGAGGUUAUCUCACUGCUGGUUGGGGGGAGUAGGGGGGAGAAGUUGUCCUGAAAUCAUUUCAGUCAUAUUGGUGGGAAGUCCUGAGGACUAUCAGGUCCUUUCCUCAGUGUCUUUCCUUUGGCAGACAAGGUAUGUGCCACAGGUCAUCCUGGGCAUCCUCUCCUUUCACCCCCAGAAACCAGAAGCAAGGCUUUUUAGUGCCCCUUAUUACAGACAGUCCCCAUGAAGGAGCCAAGAACAUUGCACACAAGAUGACUGAGUAUUGAUUCAGAGCAGUUGGUGGGCUUUUCUGACAGAGAACCAGAAUGCUGUGACCUGGGACAUGCCCCAGACUACCUAUUUACUCUGUCAUGUGACCUUGGGUGCCAUGAUCCCAUGUAGCUUGAUAAGAUGUCUCCCUUAUUCCGAGUUUCGCGAGCAUUGUUUUGACUAUUCUGCCUUAUUUGUAAGCUAUAAUCAUAACGACCUGCUUUCUUGAUGGGGAAAUAAAUCUUUCUCUUAGUUAUUAAA